UUCCUUGUCCUCCUCGUUUGUAGCAUCCCUUGAAUGCUCAGCUCGUCUCCCGAGUUGAACCAGCUCUUCAAAAAAGACCCGUGUUUGUCAUUUACCAAGCGGUGUCCGUUAUCUCAGCCAUGGCUAGCUACCAUAAACCCGACGAGAAGACUUUGCAGGGUCUGAAAGACAUCGCUAACAAGCUGCGGAUCAACUCCGUCAAGGCAACGUGCGCCUCCAACUCCGGACACCCCACCACAUGUUGCAGUGCCGCAGAGCUCAUGUCCGUGCUGUUCUUCCACACCAUGCGUUAUAAAGCUGCUGACCCACGCAACCAGUGCAACGACCGCUUCGUGCUCUCUAAGGGUCAUGCUGCACCAAUCCUGUACGCUGCCUGGGCGGAGGCGGGCUUUGUGAAGGAAGCCGACCUGAUCAACCUGAGGAAGCUCGACUCUGACCUGGAGGGACACCCCACACCUAAACUGGAGUUUGUUGACGUGGCAACGGGGUCUCUGGGACAGGGGCUGGGGGCUGCCUGCGGGAUGGCCUACACUGGGAAACACUUCGACAAGUCCAGUUACCGUGUGUACUGCAUGCUGGGUGAUGGGGAGUGCUCUGAGGGGGCUGUAUGGGAAGCCAUGGCGUUCGGUUCCCACUACAACCUGGAUAACCUGGUGGCUAUUAUCGACGCUAACCGCCUGGGACAGAGUGAAGCUGCUCCUCUCAAACACGACAUGGACGUCUACCGCAGGCGCUGCGAAGCGUUCGGGUGGAACACGUAUGUGGUGGAUGGUCAUGACGUUGAGGAGCUGUGUAAAGCUCUGUGGCAGGCCCAGCAGGUGAAGGGGAAACCCACUAUGAUCCUGGCCAAGACCUUCAAGGGCAGAGGACUCAAAGGCAUUGAGGACAUGGAGAACUGGCAUGGGAAGCCCAUGCCUAAAGACCGUGCUGAGGAGGCCAUUAAAGACUUGGCGGCUCAGAUUCAGAACCCCAACAACACAGUCUGCCCCGAGCUACCUAAAGAAGAUACCGCCCCCGCUGACCUCUCACCUAUCGGCCUGCCCUCCCCGCCCAACUACAAGAUUGGGGAUAAGGUGGCUACUCGUAAGGCGUAUGGCGUGGCCCUGGCUAAACUGGGUCAGUCCAGUCCGAGGGUGGUGGCUCUGGACGCUGACAUGAAGAACUCUACCUUCUCUGAGAUGUUCCACAAGGCCUACCCUGAACGCUUCGUAGAGUGCUUCAUUGCUGAACAGAACAUGGUGAGCGUGGCGAUUGGCUGUGCCACGAGAGACCGCACAGUGGCCUUCGCCAGCACCUUCGCUGCCUUCCUGUCCAGGGCCUAUGACCACAUCAGAAUGGCUGCCGUCUCCGAGUCUAACAUCAACUUGGCUGGGUCUCACUGUGGCGUCUCUAUCGGUGAGGAUGGCCCCUCCCAGAUGGCGUUGGAGGACAUUGCUAUGUUCCGCGCCAUCCCAACAUGCACUCUGUUCUACCCCAGCGAUGGCGUGUCUGCUGAGAGGUCUGUAGAGCUGGCUGCUAACACCAAGGGAAUCUGUUUCAUCCGCAUCACCAGACCAGAACUGAAGGUGAUCUACGACCCCGACGAGAAGUUUGAGGUGGGCGUGGCCAAGGUGGUACGUCAGUCCGACAGCGACAAGGUGACAGUGAUUGGAGCUGGAGUGACUCUGCAUGAAGCUCUGACUGCUGCUGACCAGCUGGCCAGCGAGGGAGUGAACAUCCGUGUGAUUGACCCGUUCACCAUCAAGCCUCUGGAUGCUGCCACCAUCGUGUCGAGCGCCCGCGCCACCGGAGGGAGAAUCAUCACCGUCGAGGACCACUACAGAGAGGGGGGUCUGGGGGAGGCGGUGCUGUCUGCGGUGGGGGAGGAGCCUGGUAUCGUCGUGACGCGCCUGGCGGUGAACCGUAUACCCCGGAGUGGCAAACCUCAGGAGCUCCUGGACCUGUACGGCAUCAGCGCCAAACACAUCGCCAACGCCGUGCGCCAGACCUUCGCCAACUGAGACGAUCGGCUCAUCGUUUGUCUCCCGAAUGGCUCCCUAUUCCCUACGUAGUGCACUACUAACUGCCCCGGUUUCCUAUUGGGCUAGUGCACUAGGUUGCGAAUAGGGUGUCAUUUGGGACACGUCAAGUCUGUACACAUUUACCAACUUCAUCUUCUCCAUCCCUCCCUCCGCAGUCUGAGGGGGCUUAAAACAACUUCUCUCCUCCCAUCUACCACUAGUGUUAAACAGAACAGGGCUCUCUAGCGCCCCUUGUGGCUGUAAGGCAGAGUGCCGCUCUGUCCUGCUGUACGGUGUAGCGUCGCAGCAGCAGAGCCGAUAGGCUAGCUCUCAGCGGAGAGGGAGGGGCCUGAGUGAUGUCUUGACCAUCCCAGAAGGGUAAUAUGCAGUCAUGUUUCUCUUUACACACCGUAAUGAAGCCCCGUUCUAAUGAAUCCUCUUUCCUUUCUGCUAAACUGGAGCAUUAAGGCCUGAGGGGGGGGUGGUAUAUGGCCAAUAUACCACGGCUCAGGGCUAUUCUAAGGCACAACGUAUCGCAGAGUCCACAGCCCUUAGCCGUGGUAUAUUGUUUGUUUUUCAAAUUAAGAUAAAUGUAGAUUUCUUUUCAGAUCUUGGUUGGUCUCUCUUCAUUCCAGCUGCUAACAAUGUCAUCUUUUCAUCUCUUUCCACAUUCCGUGUGUUUUCAUGGGGUUCCACAUUCCGUGUGUUUUCAUGGGGUUCCACAUUCCGUGUGUUUUCAUGGGGUUCCACCUGCUUCAUCAUGAACCUCUCCAUAGCGCUGUUAGACACCAGCUCCAGGCAGAGCCGGGCGGUUCCUGAUUAACGUCUGCUGGUCGUAGCCUGAAUUAGCAGUGAAACUGAUGCAGGGUAUUUACAUUCAAUGGACCUGAGUUGUAUGUAUUAAACUUAAAUGACUUGUUGUAAACUGUUAUAUGAACUAAUGUGUUCUUCUCGGCUGGUUGUGGUGGUGGUCUGGCUCGUGUUGCUUUCUGGGUAUUAUCUGACCCUCGUGUCUCCACACAGUCAUGUCUGUUGCCAGUCAACGGUUGGUUUGCGUUGCCAUGGUAAUUCUGAAAUAAUAAACUACAACUUGACCCAA